UACUCUAGUUCUAAAACUGAUGUUAGUUUUGAUGCUUAUUGAUUAUUAUGGUUUCCCGCCACAUUCAAAGCCUCAUCCAACGGUCAAAAACUACUACCCAUCUUCUCCAACUCCAAUCUCUAGUCUUCAAGACCGCUCUCGAUCACGACACUGAGGUUGUCUCUCGGUUCGUCCUCUCCGCGUGCUCGAUUUCGGUCGGUUUUGCAAGAUUAGUUUUCGGUAGCGUACCCAUUACUCCACCCCUUUUUGCUUGGAAUACAAUCAUUAGAGCGUUCACCAAAACCUCAGCUUCAAUUGAAUCAGUGAGGCUGUUCUCUCAGCUCCAAAGGGUUGAGCUUAAACCUGACAAUUUCACGUACCCUUUUGUUUUGAAAGCCUGCGGUCAGUGUUCAAUGUUUGGAGAAGGUGGGGCAGUGCAUUCGAUGAUUAUAAAGGUGGGUUAUGAUUCGGAUCGGUAUAUAGGGAAUACUCUUUUGAGGAUGUAUGCAGCUUGCGGUGCGAUCAGGCUUGCAAGACGCGUGUUCGACGAAAUGCCUGCCAGGGAUGUGGUUUCUUGCAGCUCCAUGAUUGCGGGAUAUGUUGCUUGCAACCGCCCAUCAGAUGCUUUUAAGGUGUUUCGACACAUGAAGCUAGCAAAUGAACAACCAAACUCAGUUACUUUGGUCAGCUUGCUUUCUGCUUGUACUCGUCUGCUUGAUAUCAGAGCCGGGGGGUCCAUUCAUUCCUAUAUUAUCAUAAACCACAUGGGAUUGGAUGUUGCUUUAGGGACUGCUCUCCUUGAAAUGUAUUCCAAGUGUGGGCAUAUUAAGAAAGCUUUCCAAGUUUUCAAUUCAAUGGUUGAGAAGAAUUUGCAGUCUUGGACAAUCAUGAUAUCUGGUCUUGCAGAUCAUGGCUGUGGGGAAGACGCUAUCUCAUUGUUGACCAAGAUGGAACAAACUGGGCUGAAACCAGACAGCAUGGCAUUUGCUGGGAUCUUGUCAGCUUGUAGCCACUUGGGUCUUGUUGAUGUGGGUGAAAAGUAUUUUUAUCAGAUGGAAAAAAUUUAUGAUAUCAAGCCAACGAUGGAGCAUUACGGAUGCAUGGUGGAUUUGUUUGGAAGAGCUGGAUUGAUUGACGAAGCUUAUGAGAUUAUCAAGAACAUGCCAAUGGAGCCAAACUCUGUCAUAAUCAGGUGCUUCCUGGGUGCAUGUAGAACGCAUGGCCAGAGCUUUUGUUUUGAUGAUAACCUGAGGAAACUCUUGCUUAAGUUAGAGCCGGAACUUGGAGCAAACUAUGUACUUGCUGCUAAUGUAUCUUCUUUAUCUGGUAGCUGGAAUGAUGCAUCUGACCUGAGAAUAGCCAUGAAACAGAAGCGAUUGACGAAGGUUCCUGGGUUCAGUUGGGUAGAAGUAAAUGAUAGUUCUGCAGAAGUAAUUACAGAAGUGGCUGUAUAGUGACUUUUGAUAUCGGGCCAAUUAAGAGUCAUAUUCCUAUGUAACUCUUUAGAUUAUGCUGAAAAAGCAGGGGUGAAGAAGACAAUUUUGUAAGUUAAAGGGGCAAAGUAUUGAUUGUAAAGACAAAUGAAAUCACUGGUCAAAUGUGUAAGAUAUAAGAUUUAAAUUUCUAAAUAAGACCGUCACUUCAUUCUUCAAUCUCUUCUACUCUAUUAGGUUGAAUUGAGGUGGAGAUGAUAGGAUCCGUUGGUUUCCUUCCAAAAGGUGGACAUUUGAGGUCAAAUCUUUUUAGCAUGUGAUUAGCCCCCCGCUGGCCUUUUUUUGGCUUGGAAGAGCAUGUGGAGGAAUAAAGCACAUUCAAGAGUGACUUUUUCUUUUUUGGGCAGCAGAUAGAGUUAGGGAAGACCUUGAUCUUGGAUAAGCUAGGAAAGAGCUAGGCACAUCAUAGUGAUGGACUGGUGUUGCAUGUGCAAGAAGAGUGGGGAAUCGAUCGACCAUCUUCAAUUCCAUUGCGAAGUAGCUAGAGAUUUGUGGGUGUCGGUUUUCCAUCUUUUCGGGAUAGAGUGGGUAAUGUCCUAUUGGGCCGUGGAGUUAUUGGCUAGCUUGAGAGAACGCAAUUCUUGUAAUUUUGAAGAUUGUGAGAGAAUGGUGAUAGAGUUGGAAAAUAUAUUGUUCAAAACUCAUUAUGGGUGGAUGGAUUUUCUAAUUUUUUAGAAUUUAUGGAUUUGUGUUAUUCUUCUCCCUAAGGGGUGUCUCUCUUGUA